AUGGUCUUCGAUGAUGCUCUUGAUGCUCAAGCACCGACUGCUGUGACCACGAACCCCAUAUCUGAUGGCGCGUCUGCCGAUGACCUCGAGGCAGCUUCCAGCUUCAAGGGCACCUGGCAGCAUAUAGGCGCAUCCAAGCAGCAGGCCAGAGAGGCACUUCUCGGUCCAAUCGAAGACGAUGCUGAUCUCUCAAGCCUCGCAGCAUCACUCCUCACCGACGAAGAGGCAGCCAUCAUCGGCAAGCCGGCCCACAUCCUCGCAGCCGACAUUGCCGCCCGCCGACUCACUUCAUACCAGGUCACACUCGCCUUUUGCAAGGCAGCUACCAUCGCGCAGGAUGCCACGAAUUGUCUGACCGAGAUAUGCUUUCGAGAAGGUCUUGCACAGGCUCGCUCUCUAGAUACAUACCAGGCAGAGCACGACGGCAAGACCAUAGGACCUCUGCACGGCGUACCGGUCAGCGUCAAGGACCAUAUUGAUGUCAAGGGUAUGGACGGACCCAGUGGGUUCGUGGGAUGGUGUGGCAAUUGCGUGGCAGAUACAAAUGCCCUCGCCGUGUCAUGCCUGGUAGAGGCAGGAGCUGUCAUCUAUUGCAAGACUGCGAACCCUCAGUCCUUGCUGUCAAUUGAGACCAACAAUAAUGUCUAUGGGCGUACCACCAACCCUCACAAUCGGACCCUCUCGCCUGGAGGGAGCAGCGGAGGUGAGGGCGCUCUCAUAGCAAUGCGUGGCAGUGUCCUUGGCGUGGGGACCGACAUCGCUGGCAGCAUUCGUAUCCCGGCACUGUCGUCCGGCAUAUAUGGUCUACGCCCCACGAUUGGUCGCCUGCCACACUCUGGUCUCAGAGGACCGCACAGCGGUAUGGACACUAUCCUCGGAGUGGUAGGACCACUUGCGACUUGCCUCGCAGAUCUCAACCUCUUCUGCUCGGCUAUACUGGAGCGACAGCCCUGGCGCAGGGAGCCUCAGGUCUUGACUCUGCCCUGGAAGACAGAGUUGACUUCUCCUUCGCCCGACCGCAAGUUGCGUAUUGGUAUCAUCCUCGACGAUGGCCUCUGUGCUGUCCAUCCUCCUAUCUCCCGCGCCAUGAAUAAGGCCACAAGAACCCUGAAGGCCGCAGGUCACACCUUGCUCCCCUGGGAUCCUGUCCUAGCAAAAGAGUCCGUCGAAGUCCUCUUUACGGCUUGUCUGCAAGAUCGAGGCGAGGAGUACCACGAGCACAUGCGUCUCUCCGGUGAGCCAGCAGUCCCGCUUCUGCAGUGGCUCCUUACAGAGCGUGUACCCUCCAAGACUCUGAGCACUCCGCGCGAAGUGUGGGACCUGAACGUGCGGAGGGAUACGGUCAAGACUGCUGCCCUUGCCCAGUGGGAGCAGCUCAAUCUCGAUGUCCUCCUCUGUCCCGGAGCACCAACGCUCGCGCCGCGCCAUGACCAGUCUCGCCACUGGAACUACACGAGCAUGUGGAACGUCACUGACUGGCCCGCCGUCACCUUCCCCAUUGGCAAGUACAGCGGUGUAGAAGCACCCGAAGAAGAAGCAGAGACGAGGUAUCCGCCGCAUCCACCUCGUAAUCCUAUCGAGGAGCACGUCUUUAAGGAGUGGAGUCCAGAGUGGUACAGGAAUGCACCUGUGGGACUACAAUUGGUGGGACAGAGAAUGCAGGAAGAGGAGCUGCUCGGGUGCUUGAAGCUGGUGGAGGCGGCUCUGAGUGCAUGAGCAUGUCGCUGAGUCUUACGGAGCCGAGCGUGGGUCAUAUUAUCGUGAUCAUAUCCCCAUUGUCAUCAUUAUCAUCAUUAUCAUCAUCAUCAUACUCAAUAGAAAGAACAUACAGUGCGUACAUUAUGGGCCGCCUGUCGCCUAUCUCUAUCACACCUCAGUCCCAAUCUACAUAGAAGCUCUGUCGUAUCGCACGAUAGGCACUAUGAGACUCAUCAUCUACCCAUAGCCUAGCAGAUCACACACCCUUUGACUGCACUUGCAGUUGCUGCAGCAGGCAACGGUCCCGGUAGACUAGAGACGAGGAAGACCAGCCUGUCUACGGCUUCCUCCAUGAUCUGGUGACGACUCUUCGCACCGGCUGGGGGAGGAUAGAGC